AUGGCGCGCUGUUUUAUGCGCUGUUUUCAAGAAUCACGUUGUGUCGGUUUUAACUAUCGAUGGAGUGAAGCUGGGGCUAACGAAACAAACUGCCAACUCAGCAACAACACCAAAGGAAGAAUCGGGUUAAGAAAUGAAGAUGGAGAAUGGGAUUUUUAUCAAGAUAUUGAGAUGGUAGUGUAUUACAACAUAUAGUUGAUGAAUUUCUGUUUGUACAUGGAACUUUUGAGCAGAAGAUUAAUAAUCAAUCAUAUAAAAUUUUAGACCUAUACUGGUAAGAACAGUUGCUAAAAAUGCAACUAUGGGCUUUCUGGCAGGAAAGAACAGCAAAUUCGACUGCACAUUUUAUCAGUAUAUUUCGUGUGUUGGUGAAUAAGAUGCUUGUGAAGUUGUGAUGUUACUCUGAGUGUAUAUAUCCACAUCGGGCAGGCUUGAAAAAUAUGCCUGCCCACGGUGGGAAUCGAACUACGACCUUUGGAAUACUAUCCCAAUGCUCUGCCAACUGAGCUACGCGAUCAGGUCGGUUCGAGUAUUUGUGAUAUUUCGGAACUGAGUUAUCACUACACAAUUUCACUGUUAUGUACGUAUGAUUGUACAAAUUGGUUAUCAUGCAUGCACUGCACACUAAACUUAGCUAUGUAAAUUAGUUGCUAAGUAACGUGUACUUUUUUCUAACUUGCAGACAAAUAAAACCGGAAGAUCAGAUAAUGAAGAUGGAGAACAAAUAUUAACAGGUAUUCCUUUUAAUAUAUUUUGAUUAUUAUAAUUAAUGAAUUUAUAUAUAAUUAAUAUAUUUGAACAAUAUGUCGAUUUGUUGAGCAUCACUUAAUUUCUCGCGACUUUGAUUAAUACAGCUUGGACUAAUCUAAUCAUUGUAUUAAAUGCUGUCCCCGUUUCCCUAACUAGCAAAAUGUCCCUAAAGCAACUCGAGUCAGGGUCACCAAAGUACAAAAUGUUUAGGACAACCACAUUCCAAUGACACGUGCACAGCAUUGCGACAGAAAAACAACAGUCUUCCCAGUGGGUUGUACUUUAUAUCUCCAGGAGACCUCGCUUUGUCGCCGUUUCAAGUCCAUUGUGACAUGGAAUCGAAGAAUGGGAUAGGAGUCAUCGUGAUUGGACACGAUAGCGAAUCAAGAACGAAAGUUGACAACUAUGAAGAUCCCGGAUCUUACAGCAGAAAAAUUCGAUACAAUACCACAAUGCAACAGAUUGUUGCCGUCAUCAAUCAAUCCAAAAAUUGCGAGCAGUUUAUCAAGUACGAAUGCUCGAACAGUCUCUUUUUACGCAGUUCAUAUGGAUAUUGGAUUUCACGGCAAGACAGGAAAAUGAAUUACUGGGGUGGGGCCGCAGUGGACAGUGGGAAAUGUGCCUGUGGAAUGAACAAUACGUGUGUUGGGGGCGGGAAUUGUAAUUGUGAUGCGAAUGAGGAACGUCUCCGGGAAGAUAGCGGAUUUCUGACUGACAAGAAUACACUGCCUGUUGCUGAACUGAGGUUCGGGGAUACUGGCAUAACUGGGAGUGGAUAUGAUGAGUAUGGAUAUCACACUCUUGGAAAGUUGCUCUGUUGGGGAUAA